AUACCAGAUAAUCGACUGACAGCCUCGAGCCAAGACCCGCAUUUUCCCGCGGCUUAUGGCCGAUUUUACCUCACGGGUUGGGCCCCAAAAUUUCGGUACAAGGAGUUUUUUCCAUAUUUUCAAGUAAACCUGGGUGCUAUGCAUCUUGUUUGUGGAUUUGAAAUCCAAGGCUGUGUCGCUAUGGGGCCACGCCCCGGCUGGGUAACAAGAUACAGGGUCCAGGUAUCACCUGAAAAGGACUAUUGGGACGACUGGAAUUUCAUAAAGGUGUGGUUUUUGCCUGACUUAUUUUCUUGAGUUUCCCUUUUCCUUUUUUUCACUUAAAGAUGCCUAAUUGUGGAGAUCGAGUUUGAAAAAGUAGAAAAGUAGAACUACUGACCUCCCGACUAUGAUAUUUCAACGUAUUUUUUGUUUUCGCCGCAGCCGGAAUUUUACGGAAGCACAUCAGCCAGGGCGAAGCCGGUCUACAGCGAAGCGAAAGAACGAAAACUUGGGCAAUAUGUCAGAAUAUAUCCAGUAGCGAGCAAGAAUAGGGUAUGCAUGAAGGUAGAAGUCUAUGGAUAUGCUUUUGGUAAGUAUUCCGUUUUAUUUUGUUUUUGAUGAUAGAAACGCGGUGUAUGAUCGUAUAAUGUUAGCUGCCAGGUUUUCCAAAUGUGACCCUCGACAGGAAACGUGUACUGAAGUGAACGCACAUGAAAAUGACACGUUAAACAACAGGCAUAGAGUGAAAUGAAGCGGCGGCCUCUGAGCAGUGGCGUGUCUGAUGGCACGAUUAAUUAAAAUUUUCCUUUUGUUUAUGCGGCUCGCUAGGAACAAAGGUGCGUGCCAAGAAGAACCGAAUACUAUGUUUGCCGAGUAUAGUGAAUCCCAGAGUUCCAAAUAGUACGGCCGUUCCAGACUUAAGAAACACCUAUUCUUGUUACAAAAAUAGCAAAAGAUGAAUGCAGAAUUGCAUUCCUAAUGAACUUCGAACAAAUCUCUUUUGCAGUACGAUUUAAAGGCAUAUGAGAACUACCUGUCAAGCGGUAAAAAUAAUUUACAAAAGAUGAUUUUUUUUUCGCUGAACUAACCAUUUUGCUGCGUAGGUUUUCGCCGUUCAUGACAAGAGAUUGAAAAUUAGUCGUAAUAUAUGUCAAAAGGAAAGGGGUUUUAUUUGAAAAAAGUUUGCGGAUGAAAACUUUGACUAAUGAGAGAGGAAAUGGGAGAGACCUGAUUUAUGCAUUUCGCGCUUGGGUCAUAAAUCUGAGCGGAAAAAACUCAGUUGGUAACUUGCAGAACAGAUAUUAAACUCGGCUAGUAAGAGGUAAAUAUUUCGUCCAAUUUUCUUCACACAAUAAGAUUUGCUGUGAUUUGUUUUUAGCCAAGGGUAUGGAUGUAUUUCUCCCUCUGUUCAAGCCUUAUGCCAUGACAUCAGAAGUGAACUACCGUAGAGAUUCCGUGAGCCGAGUGCACGAUGGGGGUUUAAAGGUAGAAGUGAAAAGCGGAAAAACAAUCGAAACUAAGCAGCUUGGAGAGGUAUUUUGAGAUUUUCUUUUUUUAAUAGGGGACAAGUAAUUUUUUUUAUCCCCGAACGGGGGUGGGGUAGGGAGGGGGUGAUUUUAAGGGGGGCGGCUUGGUUAUCAGGGAAUAAAUAAGGGACGGGGGAUCAUUAUGUUGCAUAGCCUUAAAAGGGGAUCAGCUGAAUUUUACUGUGACAAAACCUUAAUCUUCCUCCUCCGAUCUCUCUUCCCCCCUGCUCCUACAGGCGAUAAACAAUAAUGCAAUGAUUGGUCCCUCCUAAUGGUUGAAAUCUUUGCAGGCAACUCUCACUUUACCUAUCUCCUAUUCCUACGAACAGAAGUUCAAGUAAUCCGUGGUCAGAAAAUACAAAUAAAUGUAGACAACUCCUGCUAUUGAGGAAUUGCAGACACUUCAUACGUUCCCGGAAAAGCAUUUUCAUUGUUCUACUCUUAUUUAACCACAGAAAAAUUCUGCGGUUUUUCGAGUACUCAUGUUUUCCCUAAAACGUGUUCGUAAAACUAUUUCGUUAUCAAUUGGAGAUAUGCAUUUUAUGGCCACGUUAUGCAAAUAGCUAAUACGCGUUUCCUUCGAUGUCCUCUUUUCGUGCCCGAUUUUUUAAAUCAUGUACUGUUUGGAACUUUAAGACUUGCCCGGUGCCAAUGAGUAGGCAGAAAUUUUUUGUACGAGUAUGGUUGAGAUUGUUACUGAAACAUACCUAUUCAUUCCAGAUUAUUCCAGCCAUGGUGCCGUUAGAAGGAGAGCUGAGAGAUAACGCAUGCGUUCUCGUUGAGGUUGGACGUACUUACAAAUCAGGUCGCGUACAUGGGAUAUCAAGCGCCUCUGGAGAGCACUAUUUGAUAGAGAUCUUUGAUGAAGAUAAACCUCGAAAGUUCACAGUCAAACAAAUUUUUCCUUUUUUUAAUGCUUUGUGUAGUAAGUAUUUUUGUUUUUCAAUUCAUUGCCAUGUGUUACGAUCCUAUUAGGGACCGUUCUUUUUCUUACGGGGUAAGAGAGGUCAAUGGGGGGGAGGGGGGUCUCGGGGAAAAAAUGGCUUCAAAGAGAGUGGGAGGCAUCGAAAAAAAUGGAGAAAGGAGGUUACGCGAAAUAUUUUAGUAAUUGCAGAGUAUAUAUGGUUCUUAUUAUUUAAAUAAAAAUACAAACAAGAAAAGAAACAAAAGGUUUCUAAACCAGACAUGGUUUGAUGCUACUCUGGUUUAAAGAUUAAAUGAAUGUAACCGAAAAGUUACAAUUCAUGGACCCAACGUUUCGACACUCCUGUCUAGUGCCUUCAUUAGGGGUGAUCUAAACGUCGCAACAAGAGGUCCUUUUAUACGAUCAAUAAUUAGCUGCCUUUUUUUCUGACGAGGUGUAAAUAGGCGUCAGGAAGUAAGCCGCCAUCAUCACGAUUUAAAGGAGCGUGUGCGGAUUAAUAUGCCAGGCUUCCAAACAAAGGCGCUGGUGGUAACACCGAUCAAUGAUGAUAAUUUUGGACUUAUCCCUCCCAAUUUUAUGGUUGGUUAGGCAUGUGUGCUCCAAUAAAGCUGAACUUUCUCUUUUGCAAAAGAUGUUGCAGAAUUCUCCACGGCGUUAGGGAAAAUAUCUGCGGAGUGCUGGUUCGACAAUCAAUAGGACAGUAUCUUUCCGAUUUUUUGCGUUUAUUUGCGAUCGCCACAAUAUCCGAACUUUCUAUAUUCAAUCGUUUCCAAAUCUUCUGUUACAAGAUAAUGAUUCUAAUUAUUUGCAACCCACAAUUCCUCCAAUCGCUCUAACGAAGGGCUAACGCUCGAAACGUCAGCUUUUUUACCCUUUAUGGUGGCCAAUUUACGUUUUCAACUCAGUUGUUAACACUAAAAAUACCAACAAUUUUCAAAGCCAGGGUACAGCUAUGAAAAGAAACUUUAUCGGCUUAGUCCUUUACAGCGUCUCUCUGCUAAUCUGCCUCCUCGUCACCAUCGUCAAGCUAUUCCUCAUCAUACUUGCUGUUGUGAGCGUUUCUUUCGUCGUUUUCAGCCACGGCAUACUCUUUAGGAUACGUGGCGCUGUACACUUUAUCUCUAACCUCUGCUUUGAGGUUUAUUAUGAAUCUGCUUCCUGGUUGUUCACUGAAAUGCAUUCCUUGCAAGAGCUGUGCGAUGUAUGCUGCAACUCGACCAAACUACAAUGCGGAAACAUUCUCAACGUCGAUGCACCCUCCAAGGACGGUAUAUGGCAGGGAGAUACAAAGAUAUUUUGGAAGAUCAUUGCCUAACAAGUUUCCGACACAAAUACUAUCCGCAAGUAAAAUGUUGAUUUCAAACCUUUUCUUUUACCUUUCAACUGAUUUUCGACGCUUUUCUUUUUUUCUUGCCUUGUUGGUGUAUUCCUUUCUAGGUUAUUGAAUGUGCUAGGAAAAUUUACGCUACACCCUUCUAGUGUCUCCUUAUCUUGCAAUACCUUUAGCACCUUGGCCGCGACGCAUGAAGAAGUGUGUAGAAAAUCUCUUUGGCUUUUCUAGAUUCCCAAUUACAAUUCCCACCCCACCCACCUUCUUUUUUUUGUAUUCACGCGCGGCGCGUGUGAUUUCAAAAAUUUGUCAAUCGCAUUAAAUAACUCUAAUCUCGACAUUGAAAAUUGACGUUUGACGUGGACAUUUGGGCUUUUUAUGUUGUUUGUUUUUCGGAGUCUUUUUCAGAUAUUUUUUGGCUGUCUUUCACGCAAACGUAUCACCCCUUUGUUCGGAAAUUUUAGAAGUUUCUGAGCUUUUAUUGGAGCCAAAUGUUAUGGUUAAUUUAAAAAGUUCAGUGUAUAUUUUUCUACGGAGUCUGGAAUCUAGCCUCAUUUUUCGAAAAUUGAUUUUUUACCUCGUGAGCAAAUUCUUCUCCUUGCUUCAAGGUAAGUCCAUCAGACUAGAAAAGUGUACAAAGCAUAUGUUCAAGGCUUCCAAGGCUGUUCAGCUUCUCACGUACACUUUUGUGCUCUUUGAUCGAGAAAGUUUAAGUCCUUGCCAUCACUGGGCCUAAGCUGAAUUCCUGGCAGGGAAAUUCGGUUUUGGUUAUGUCAGAUUGAGAAAGUGAGGCUGCAUUUUCCGAAAGAAGGAAUUGUGAAGGCAAUGUUUGUGGUUGAUUACCUUCAGCACCUUGCGGUGAUGGAGUUAAAAAAAGAAUAAGAGAGCAGAUCAGCGGGCAAAGGAGGGCCAAAAAACAAAAAGAAAACUGAAGUUUAUGAUGAUUUUGCUUUCUUUGAAUAAUCUGAGUGACGAUUCUGUAAAACUAAAACAGCUUUGACCUGCAAAGCUGAACAAGUAUCUCAAGCUAUAAACUAGGCCAACAUAGCAAAAGUACUAAGAAAGACAAAGUGAAAGCCAUUAUGAGGCAUUGGCCUCUCCUAAUGAAUCCUGAAGGCCUUAUGCAUUUAUGCUGCAAACACGACUGGGACAGUCGAUGAAGAGGAGUACAGCACAAGUGAAAGCAAUGGUAACGAUGAGACAGACACUGAUUCCAUCAUUACAUCAAUUUUUACUACUCUGGGACGAAAGAUGACUCGACAUACGAUGUCAUUCUUGCUUUUAUCGAUUACGAGAAAUGCAUCGAGAGACCAGCUACGAAAUGCUGAGGAAGAUCUAUCACCAGAGGAUAAAUAAGUGACGUAUUUGCAAUCUUUGUAAAUUUGUAAAAAUUUAAAUGUCAUAGCAAUUAUACAGGACUUGUUUUUUAAGUUCAUAGUUACAUGGGCACUAGAUCAGUAGAAUAAGUUAUGAUUAGCUUUAUAUUGAACAAAAUUAAGAAUUAUCUUUUAAGGGGGGGGGGAGAGCCAUGGGGAAAAUGAGGAUAGAGGGGGGCCAUGGUAAUUCGUAAUGGGUGUUCAAAAAAAAUCCCACUGUCCCCCCUCCACCAUAACUAAAAAAAAUGAACGGUCCCAUAUGGCCAAGAAGUUGUGUAUUGAACCUCCUCACAUGUUUUCAUUGUUUGUCUUUAUAUUACCUUAAUAUACAUAGGUCAGGCAGCGUCCCUCUGUUAUUUUAAAAUUUCUUCGGUUUCCUGUUUGUUUUGAUCUUUCGCAUGAACCAUGUUUGUGUGUACGCAUUACGGACCUAUUUUGUGUGUGCGUGUGUGUGUUUUGCAGAGAAAUACAUGUUGUAUAAAGUUACGAGAGAUCCUAGCUCGCUUUCCUGUGGGAGUACGGUCUUCCGAGUGGACUCCAAGAUUAUUUUGAAAGGGUACAGAGACUUUAAGUUCACUGCAGUUUCUUACCAAAAGGAAAAAGAAUGGACAAAAAGAUUUCAAAUCCCCGACCAGGCCUACUUAGAGGAAAUUGAAAGUGGUGACCAGGUCUGGUACUUCGAUCGCGUGCGUGGUUGUGAUAGGACAGCAUAUGUUAAAUCAGUUGUGAAAAAGAAGGGAGUGCUACAUGACAUUAUAACGCGUAGAGACGAUGUGCACAUUGCACCUAAUGAAAUUCGUAAACCAUGUAAGUAUAUUAAAGGUUUUUAAUGCAACAUAUUAGAGUUAGUUUUCUAUAUUUUGGCUCAAAAAUACAAGCCUCGAUCGUAAAGAUAUAUAUAAAAAAAAAAAAAAAGCAGGACGAGUGCACUGUUGAGUUAGAUAAGCACGCAGGAUGUUUUAAUAACUACUGACUUCCGUAAAAUCCUAUUGUGCUCCCUUUGCAUUAUACUGGCGAUUUCGGCCCAAGAAUGUAAUUAGGUCUUCAGUACGGUCCAAGUCUCUGAGGAAAAUUGGGGGCGGUCCUUCUUAUUGGCAGGGAAGUUAUCAGGGGUAAUUCUAUACGAGCUAAAAAGCUCGAUAUUGCUGUAGGUUAACUGCACUGCAAUAUCAAUAAUAGUGCACCCUACAUGCAGCAAUAUUUUUGAUAUUGACGUGGCGAACGUUUUCGAUUUCAUUGUGUUAUUGCUUUAUUUAUUGCAAUUACGCAAGUCAUCUUACAGCAGCAAAAUUUCUUACUUAUAUGAAAUAACAAUUUUAUCAGUAUCGGUUCUAAUUUCAACUGUCUGAUUAUAGUCCUCUUCAUUGCUCUUUUGCUCGAAAACUUUUGCGUUAAACCCCAUAACAUGAUUCUCAAAUAACUCUUCCUCUUUUGCUAGAGAAGCACGUGCCUCAGGCAAAUUUUUCUUGAGUGUUCUUAAGACACCCCAAGUUUGCGAUGAUUUUUGCGCUGUUGUAAGUGGCGCUGUUUUGAUCCCAAAGAUUUGAGACAAUUAAUAAAAAAAUUUAUAGAAUGAACAAAAAUACGCCAUUUCAAGAUAGAAAUCUUUGCACGCUGUUUUUAUGUAUCUCUCCCUCCUCUUUGAAAGUUCAUAAUUAAGCCUCGGUAUGAUACUAAAUAUUUCCUCAAUUUUUUUUGGAUAGAAUAAUUAAGUUUAUAACAUUUGCGUGUUUUUAGAUUUUCCAGAUAAGUGCAUAGUACUUGCGCAUAAUUGUGAUGACAGCAGACGUCCUGACGUGAGAAAAAAUAGACUGUGUCCAAGCCAAUUGAUUUAUCGGUAUCCCGUAGUAGGUUGUAAAGGUAUCUGAGUUCCAUAGCCAGAAUACAACAGUUUCUAACAGUUUUUUUUCUUGCGUGUGCAACGUUUCUCUGCUUGUCAAGUACUACAUGCUUAAGUUCAAACCGUUACAUUUCGUGGUUAUUGCCUUGUCUCUCGUAUACUCCUGUACUUAAACAGAACUUCCGCCCAGAGACUUUUUGAAAGACUUUGACGAGUUGUUCACUACUGAUACGCGACAUUCUCUCUCAGUUUCAAAAUGUCAAAUUUCGGGUUCUUAUUUUUUCUCUUCUUGCCCAUUUUGUUUUAGUGGAAGAUGUUUCAAGAGAAUGUUGUGCCAGUUUGAUGUCAAAAUGACCUACCCCAACUCUCCCCCAAAAAGAGUUUUGUGUGAUGUGGAAAAUUUUCCGUCGUGACAUAUUCUAAUACACUGCUUACCUUUUUUGUUAGGAGUGAAUGCGAUCUGUACGACUGGUUUUGCGGCAUGUGCACGGAAUACCGUCUGCAAAGAUAUCCCAGGGUUUUACAAGUGCUCAUGCCGCACGGGUUUCUCGAGUAAAGACCCCCGCAGAGAAAAUUGUCGCGACAUCGAUGAAUGCGCGAAAGGAUUAUGUCAUAAGAAUGCGCAAUGCGACAACACUCAAGGGAGUUUCUCUUGUCGCUGCCGGUACGGAUACGUGGGUGACGGCAAGAAAAAAUGUGACUUCAAAGAUGAGUGCAAAGUUGCUGCUAACAAGGUACGAGUCUGAUAACUUACAUUCUAGAACUGUUCAUCAAGGCCCACACAGCAUUCAAACGUUUGCACGAGUGCGAACGUCGUAAUGACUAGGCAGCGUGCUUUCAGGCUGUCAGAACCAAAAGUUAUCAGCAAUCACACAAAUCAGUAAGUCACGGUGUUUAAGAAGCGUAUAAAUUUUUUGGCAAAGCUCGAGAAAGAAUGGAAAUACAACAGGAUACUCGUAUUUGAAUAAGCUCUGUGUUCAAAAGUCUCGAAUGUUCCUUUCCCAUAGUUUUAUUUCCUGUUACAGAUUUCUAUGAAAGUUUCAAUGUUCUUUGACUGAUUUUGUGAGACAUCUGUUGUUUCUUAUGUUUUCCUAUAAAACCUUUGCGCGGAAGCUGGGGCGGGGCCAGGUUAAAUCCUCGAAUCCGAUUGGCUUAUAGUGCUUGUAACCCUUGUAACUUUUUACAAUGCGAACCACGGUGCGAUAUUCGCACCGUUCGCAGCAAAGCGGAAAACAAACAAACCACCAGGCAAAAAAUACUUUUACCUUUCCAGGUCCGUCUGUAUGAAAAGAAAAAAAAAAAAAAAAAAAAAAAAACUGGGGGCCGUUAGUCUUGUGUAACGCUUUCAGCCUUCGGUCUCAGGCCGCGCUCAGUUUUUUUCCCAUACGUACCUCCCGCCCGGUAAUGAGCUCAGUUUGUUAUUCGAUGUCAACAGCGAUUGUGCGAAAGCUACAAACACUCUGUCUGCGUGGGUCAUCUUGGUGGAUUCAAAUGUAAAUGUAAAAAAGGAUACUACGGAGCUAAUUUUAAAUCUUGUAAACUGGCCGACGAAUGCGAACUUGGCAUCCACAAAUGUCACAAAUGGGCCAAAUGUCUGAAUACGAAAAAGAGUUAUAACUGCAAAUGUAGAUUGGGUUUCGAUGGAAAUGGAUGGAGCAGAUGCAAACGUAAGCUUUAUUCAUUUUAACAUCAUAGUGAAAUCACUUUUCAUCAACACAUACUAAGCUUUUUUCUCGGUACUGCAUGAUAAAGCUGAGAGGGGUGGUGCAAGUCGCAAAUGAAAAGUUUUUUAUAACGAUGAGUGAUUUCCAUGAGGCAACUGCUAUUGACAAAUUUGAUUUAUUAUCAUGCAAAUCAAGAUAUCUAUUUUUUUAAAGCAGUAACAAAUCAUACACCGAAUGCAAACAUGGCGGACUACUAGAGCAGGGCACUGGUAAACUAUGCACUGGAUUAUUCUUUGGACCUUUUUUGGGAACACUUUUUGGACCAUUUCAUGGGGGGGGAGUACACCAUUAGUUCUCAGGGAGGGGUGGGGUGUAGUCUAUCAGUGCUGAGGGAGGGGUGGAAGGUACGGUAUUAUUACUCAGGGAGGGGUGAGAGACGGACUAUUACUACGCAGGGAAGGGUGGGAGGUGGUUGCAAUAGUAAACGCUACAGGUAAAUGGAGCUUUUCCUUGAUCAUACAAAUUAUUUUAAUCGACUUUUCGGCUUAAUUUUUUUAUGCCAAAAUGGGCCGCGGCAUUUCUUCCUUUUUGUCUAAAAAUGCAACUUGAAUCAAGGAGCCGAAAUGUUCUCACCCAGGGAACCGGUAGCAGGUUCAUUUCAACACACGCUGUGACCACGCAGAGGAGCAUCAGAGGCAGCCUUAUUGGUUAGCCGCGCAUUUGCGUUCGUCUUCAGUUGGUAUAAAGUAGUCAUUGCUUCAUCAAUGUGCUUGUCCUAGGGAGUUCUUCAACAUUCAGUCCGCACAUUAAUCAUAGCGGCCAAGAUAAUCUCACUAACAUUUUUUUUCGAGCUCCAAUAUUUCGGUCCGAACUUGAGGCUCGCUCGAACAAAAACAAUACCAAUACGGUUGGUACAAAAUGCAGACUGCAGACCAGGUACAAAAUGCAGACAGCGAAUUUAUAAUGUUUUUUUUGUCUGAUACGUGACAACAUGUCAACUUACAACUUAGCGAGCGUCAGGCAAUCGCUUUUCCACGAUUGUCGUUCACGAUUAUUUGCACUGUUGUGGAAUACUCCUUGCCCGUUUCUUGAUCACAAUCGUUCCUAAUAUAAUUUCAAGCCUUCAUGCAGUCUUCUCACUUUGCGCUUUCGUGAGUGGCCAUUUGUUUACUUUUCUAAUGGUUUUAUCUCUCAUCUGUUUGGUGACAACGCAAAUAUUAACAUGUGAAAAUCAGACUAUGUGAAGGCUUGAAAUUCUAUUAGGAACGAUUGUGGCCGCUUUUUUAAAAACCAAAUGCAAUGGCCGCUUUGUCAAAAACAAAAGAUAUCAAGAAACGGGCAGGGAAUAUUUCACAAUGAUGGAAAUGAUCGUGAAAGACGAAAUUACUAAUUAAUUAGUAAUAUUUAGCAGUAAGAGCAACAUCUGAUGCCUGAUUAUGCACACCCAGCCCAUCCUAGGCCCCACAACACACGCACACCAACAACAAGGACACUGUCUGCCUAAUGACCUCUGCCCAUCCCACCUCCAGCCCGCGCCACCUUUUUCCAACUUCCAUCACGACGAAUGCACAAGUUUUCUCAUCACACCACAGGUGGCCCAAGCUCACGUCUCGAGAAAAAGCCAACGAUUAAUUCAUGAACGCGUCACGCGUUGUGUGACUCGGUGUUAAGUUACGAUAGGAUUCCUUGAAAAUUUGAACACGUUAUAAGGAAUAGUAUGGGGAACGAAAUAUUGUCGAUUUACAACAGUAAAUAUUUCGAAAUAUGAAUAUUUUACACGUAAAAUCAAUAACACUUGCUCACAUCCUGUGUGACCGUUGUAGUUUCUGGCGAUUUCUUCCGUUUUAGGCUUGCUUUACCAUCACUGUUAAUCCUGUCUAAACAUAGGCGGCCCAAGCUCCAGCUGUGAGAUGAUCAUCUUGCGCAAUAACAGUCAUGGCGGAAUUAUAAGAGUUUGUAUGGGCAUAUUUACGACCGCCCUCAGGAAUAAACAAAAUACGUCAAAUUCUCAAAAAAAAAUACCUCACCUUACUUCCACAGUGUAUCAUUUGUUAUCUGACCGCUUACUUUGAUGAAAGGAGCCCAUUUUAGCGAGUUGUUCAUUUCGAGGUUUUCAACGUUCAUAAGAAAAGCCCAAGGCUGAACACUCCAUUUCCGAACGCCUGAGCCGAGAAGCGAAAAAUCCAAGCUCAAAAUGACCGGGCGACCACAAAUCCAACGCAGAAUCCAAGAAAAUAUACUGUAGUUUCAUUCCAAUUCACUAAAAACUCAAUCUUCCCCGCGCAACCGACACUAAGCCGAAGUUUGCUUCAAAAAUUUCCAAUUUAGAGGUUUCUAACAGCCCGCGGCCACAUCAACCUUGACGGGAGUUACUACAUCACGGGCGACGAGCGGGGAUAGAAAAAACGACCCAAAUAUGAGCGGUCAGCGGUGAAACAGCUUUUAUACUUCAUAUAGAGACAUAAUUUGUUGUUCCAGAGACAAUCGUGUUGUAAAGCCGAAAUGUUAACAGUUUACUUCACAGUUUAAGCAAUUUUUCAAAAGUGUUGAUUGAACUCAUAUCUUUUACUGCUUUAAUAAACAAUGGAGGCUUCGGAGAGGGAGUCAGUGGCAUUUGGAAAGGCACCAAGAAUAAUUAUAUACAUGGUUUGUAGCUAGCUGCGUGACGUGCGUGACGUUAAGAUAGAUUUUCACGAGCGUCAAUGGUACAGAAUCGUAACUUGAUGGAGCCAACAGUGGACAACAUCCCAGAAUUCAAACUUUGUGAUUUUUUUCUCGGCUUAAAUGCUAAGUCAGUUGUUCAAUUGAAUAGGAAGAAAAACAUUUCGAACGGAAAACAGCAUUAUUUGCACGUGUGGAUCUUUUGAGAAAAGGUCUCCUAAACGAGUGGUCUUGAUUGUAAAUAUUUAAGGAAUGGUAAAUACAUUAGCCUUAACAUGGCUGUUUCUCGAAGCUCAGUGUUUUCCUACUUGCCUUUUUUCCACGUGAACUGGGGGCGAUUGAAUAGAUAUAAUAUGCAGUAAAAGAACUUCAGCUGAUAGAAAUUUUAAAUUUCUCAUCUUAGGCUGUGGAUACAAAAUUCAAGUGAAAAGGAAGCCAACUGUGAUUAAUGCUUCGAACAAGUCAAGAUACGUUUUUUUCGUCACACAACAAGUUACAUAACGUGAAUAUCAUUCUUCUUAAUGCCUUUCCCGGUGUCAUCAAUGCCUUUCCCGAUGCCUCCGUUGGUUAAUAGGGCAUUAAAAGUAUUGUUCCAGUUAAAGCUUGAGGAAAAUUGCUUAACUUUUUAAGUAGCAAAGUGUAACUUGGUAACAUUUCGGCUUUACAACACGAUUGUUUUCUGCAACUACAAAACGUACAUUUAAUUCUUCUUGGUACCUUUCGGAUGCCACCGAUGUCUUCAUUGUUUACUAAAGCAGUAAAAGAUAUAUGUACAAUCAACACUUUUGAAUUGCUUAACAUUUUAUUUAGCGAAGUAAACUGUUUACACUUCGGCUUUACAACACGAUUGUUUCCUGAUACUACAAAUGAUCUGUCUAUAUAUGAAAUAUGAAAGUUGUUUCACCGCUGACCACUCGUAUUUGGGUCGUUUUUUCUAUCCCCGCUCGUCGCCCGUGAUGUAGUAAUUAGGGAGUUUAAGAUACGGUCACUACGGACUACGGACUACGUCUGGGUGUGAGAAUCCAAGCCACGCGUGGACUGGGCCGACUACGCUAAAAGGGCGCGAAAAUUGGAGUGUUGUUUGACAUUAAGAUCGUGACAACGACUACGGACUACGGCUGCACUUGGAAAAAAAAUGUCCUUCGAAGAUGCUAGAAACGCCCUUUUAAUCGCUUAUGCGGAUGGUUUUCUGGAUGAUGAAGAGUUUAUUGUUCUUUACGAUUAUUACCAACCCGUUAAUCCUUCAUUUCCGUACUGGAAUUUUGAUCCAUUCUGUUUGGAUGUGUUCGACUCUUGCGAGUGCGAAGCUCACUUCAGGGUGGCCAAGGAUGAUAUUCCGAUGUUAUUGAACGCAUUGCGGAUUCCGGCGAGUUUCAAGUGCCCACAGGGAACAGUUUGCAGUGGCUUAGAAGGACUUUGUUUACUGCUAAAACGACUAGAAUACCCAUGCCGCUAUUUCGAUUUAAUUUCAACUUUUGGACGUCCGGUGUCAUCUCCUGUUGACAUCCUAAUCUGCUUGUAAACACAACAGAAUUCAAAGGGCGUCAGUAAUCAGAACCAGAAACAGAAAAAAAUGCGAUUUUUACUUCUUUUUCGCUCAAGUUUAAUUGCCUAAAGGCUGUUCAACAUAAAAGUAGCGUUUAGAAAACAAAACUGGUCAAAAAUCGGCAAAAAAAUACUUACGUAGUCCUCACUACGCGAAUCUCCUCGACUACUCCCCGUAGCCUGCAACCACACGACGGACUGCGAAACCCACAUGCUAUCGAGCAUGCGCAGUAAAUCUCGAACCAGGUCCUCGCCGUGUAUUACCGUAGUCCGUAGUCCGUAGUGACCGUAUCUUAAACUCCCUACUCCCAACCUUGACACACGACCGUUGAAAACCAGCUUGGUAACCCUACCUCCUUUUCGAACUGAGCCUCGCCGGGGACCAUACCGUCAGUUAUGACUCAAAAGAAAUCGAUCAAGAGGCUAUUGUUUCGAUCGACCAAUCGAAUUCGCCUCCGGAAAUGUUUUACAAAUCUGUGAUUAUUUUCGGAGUCAGAGGAAAACCUUGGAAGGAUUUAUUCCAGUAUUCAAUUUAGUUCUAUCUGGACAUACUUAGUUUAAUUUUGCCAACAAGACAACUGUUAUUUCGUUUCGUCCGCAUGGAUAUCCAGCAACAAUACUUACCACGAUUUCCAUUUCAGAUACGAGUUCGAAUUGAUUACGUCCUUGCUGCAACCGUGGAAUAGACUAUUUUUUACCGACGACAUUUUUUCCUUUUGAAAUUGAAAGGAAAUUAUCGAGAUUUACGAGAUCAGCUGUGCUGUUUGCAACUAUGCCUGUAAAUUAUUUUGAAUUUGUAAACAUUUCCGGAGGCGAAUUCGAUUGGCAGUUUUGCAUUCGCAUGGCAAAAGAACUGCCCAGCGUAAUAGCCCAGCUCAAAAAAUAGUCAGUCGAAAAACCGCUCAUUUGUAUGAUCCAAUAAAUACUCCAUCAAUCAAUAGCAUUUACUUCUAUAACCACCUCCCACCCCUCUCUGCGUACUACUAACAACAAUCUGCCUCUUAUCCCUCCCUAAGAACUGAUAGACUGCACCCCACCCCUCCAAGAAUACUAAUGGUGCCCCCUCCCCCCAUAAAAUGGUCCAAAAAUAAAUGGUCCAAAAAUAAAUGGUCCAAAAAUAAAUGGUCCAAAAAUAAAUGGUCCAAAAAUAAAUGGUCCAAAAAUGAAUGGUCCAAAAAUAAAUGGUCCAAAAAUAAAUGGUCCAAAAAUAAAUGGUCCAAAAAUAAAUGGUCCAAAAAUAAAUGGUCCAAAAAUAAAUGGUCCAAAAAUAAAUGGUCCAAAAAUAAAUGGUCCAAAAAUAAAUGGUCCAAAAAUAAAUGGUCCAAAAAUAAAUGGUCCAAAAAUAAAUGGUCCAAAAAUAAAUGGUCCAGAAGAUGGUCCGAAAAAAUGGUUCAAAAAAUAGUCCAAAAAAUAGUUCAAAAAAAAGUUCAAGGGCCCAAUGGUCCAGUCGAUAUUUUACCCCAUGCCCUCGGACGGCCCCGGACCAGUGGAAUGAAAGCGAAGCUAGUCACACCUUUCACUUCUUGGAUAAAUUUUAUUUUGACUACGCGUCCUUGAAUCUAUCUUGUUUUGUCGAUUCAUUUCGCCUUCGUACUACUGCAAACCCAACUGCAAUCAGAAAGGAUGUACUUCAUUAUCAGGAGACAAAGUUUCUUUUAUCAAUUUUCCCAAGUCACCUUUGUUGAGAAAAAAGUAGGUACACGCGAUCAUAUAUCCGUCGAGACAAAGGCAACGAUUUCGUCAUGACAGAGCGUACGAAAUUCUUUUCGCCGCAUUUCAGACCUGAAGAUCUAAGAAAGUCUUUCAACGGACGAAUUUAUAUCAGGGAAGUAGGUGUCCCUUCAAAAUUUGAUUGGUCAGGACCUUCUCCGAAAAAAAGGAAAGGCUCCAACUGAACGGCAACCGCUGCCCGCGAAGAAAAGAACUGCUCACCGGAGAUUGCUCUCAGCCUGUAAACAAUGAUAUGCAAGAAACCUAUGUAGUCGAGACGACAGCCUCCCCAGACUCGAUAGAUGAUAGAUGUCUCCGAAGAUUUUUACAACUCAGACUCUGACAAGGAGGAUAAUGUUCAGGCUACGAGGAAAAGACGCCCCCGUACUGAAGCCACUGGACGAAUUUUUUUCAUUGUGCUUUGUCGCUUGAGGAGAAGUUUCUCUGAGAAACAUUUAGGUCAUCUUAACAGUGUAGUUCAGUCUGCUGUGAGCCAAAUUUUCGUGCAAUGGAUAAAUUACAUUUACUUGAAAUUUUGCCAGAAAUGCAUUUGGCCAUCAAGAGAUGGAAACUAUGCUGACCGAUUUUCAGGACAAAUUCUCAACUACAAGAGUUAUCACAGACAGCACAGAAGUGCGCUGUGAAAUGUCCAGCAGUUUGCUGCUCAAUUUGGAGUUAUUUAGCUCCUACAAGAACCAUGUAACUCUGAAAGGACUAGUGGAUAUAACCCCAAGUGGUGCAAUCACUUUCAUUAGCCAGCUUUACACUGGUAUCACUUCUGGUCGCGAAAUCGUUCUUCAAAGUGGUUUGUUGUCUCAGAAGUUUGAGGAUAAUGACAGCGUCAUGACUGACAAAGGAUUUCAAGUUCAAUACAUUUUGCCACUUCGAGUAAAAUUGAACAUUCCACCUUUCCUUGGGGACGACAGUAGAAUGUCGAAGACAGUCGAAUGUCUGGUCUGGGGAUAUGUGUGGAGAGGGCAAUAAUCAAAAUCAAGAACUUCCUCAUCUGGAAAGGAAAAAUUCCUUUAAGAUUGCUCGUAGUUGUUAACAAGAUGUGGAGUGUGUGUACCUUCCUUUGUAAUGCUCAAGAUCCAUUGAUUUCAGAAUAGGUUGUAUCAUUUCUAUCAAUAUUUGUGUAGUUCCAGGAAUUUCUAUACUUCUCACAGAAGGGGAGUAUGGUGUGAGUUCUCAAAGACCAAAAAAUUUGAAAAAAAUGCGUAAACUAAGUUUUAUUGGAAUUUUCAGAGAGGUGGGAGGUUCUUUUAAAAAAAAAUCCCUUCUGUGAGGGAGGUACAUGUAUAGAUAUUUUACGUAGCUACACACUUUCCUCUCACUUUAGAGAGUUUUUAGGAACAGCCGGCUCUCAAAAACAGCGCGUUGCAAACCCACUGCAUUUUCUCUUCUAACUCUUUCUUCUUGAGCUAACCUUAAAAAGCUUAAAUAAUUAAUUGUUUUCUACCACUGGCAGUCAACUGUUAUAUGGCUUUCCAGAGUUUAAAAAUGACAUGAUAAGAAAGAACACUGCUAUUUUUUAAAUUUAUUCUAUUAAGUCACAGAAUCAACCAAACAGAUUCUCCCUACAUUUCUGGUACAUUUCUUUACAACUAAUUGAGAGAAUUGAUAUGUUUGAUCGUGUUUUAAUGGAAAUAUAGAUAUUUAUUAUUUUAUCAAAUGCUAAAAUAAGUUUCCUUAUAUUUUAAAAGUGUUCUCAGUAUAAAAUUCAUUUUGCAUUAUUUACCAUCAUUAUUCAGAUCUUAUGUUCUCAUCCAAAGCUUUAAAGUAUAAACAUGUAAAUGGAAUCGGAAAACAUCUCUUUGAUAACUGUUGUGGAAGUCUUGGAAUUGUGUAACCACUUCCACUCGCAUGAACACAGCUCAGUUUUAUUGUUGGGUAAAUUUUUCAAAUGUUGUGAAAAUUUUAACGCAAUUUUUGAUAAAUACCCAAAUUAUGAAAGUUAUCAUGGUUUACUUUGUACAUGUCCCAGUUAGUGACUGAAGUAUUAGCUUUCAUUUGCAAAUGUUUAACCAAGAAUUCAAGGCUCCCUGGCUGCCUUGGCAUGAAAAUGUGUUAAGUAACCACAAAGUCACACUAUCUAGCGCCAGUAACCCCUAUCAGUCCCUGCACUUGAGUAUAGUAUGACUGUGUUUCAGUUUGGCUUUACCAUUGACAUUCUCUAGAAAAAAACUGCUGUCUGAACAUGCAUCUAUUGGGGUAACCAGCAAUUUUGUUUCUGGACACUUGACCUCUAAAAGGCCAAAGGGGGAUGAGCAGCCAAUAUUAAUAACUCCAUCAGGUGAAGCACCCAAAUAUGGUGCAUCCAGACUCAUUACUAGACCUGAUUUCAGGACUUGUACAGGACAAUGGAUGGAAAACAUGUACCUUUGAUACUGCUCUAGGGCAUCUGUUUUAUAUUGAAUCCCAUGAUUAGCGUACUGCGAUGUGAAGGGCAUGGGAUGUAACAGACUUUCUACAAAAUUCUCCAGAUGCCUUUUCCUUGCAAUAAUCAAGCCAAAGUUUGAAGAUGUGAAUCUAAAUUUUCAUCCCUUCUUCCACUCCUCGCAAUUAGAUUGCUUCCACGUUUUCUUUUCAAUUUCACUGAUUCUGUCUUCAUUGACCCAAAGCCUUUUCAGAAAGGUUUUGUUUACCUCUGGUAUUCCAUUUGGCACGAUGAAUCUAGAAAAACCAUUCAUCGGCUCAUUGAAGGUGCGGCCUAGGUUACACCUGGGUACUGAUGCAACCUUGCCAACAACUUGUGCCCAUCUGCUCUUUGACCUUGAUGCUUUUAUUUGUCCUGGUUUCGUAUAAUAGACACCUCACCCCAGGUUCUCUUAAUAAAGAUUUGUCUAAGUACGGAUGAGUUUUUUGAACUACAACUUCUAUAGGUGUUGUGGAACUAUAGUGUCCCCUCUACCCUUUCGAUACCACUGCUGCAAUAUAGAUGUGCAAGCCUGUUUUCGUUUCAUGUCACUUUCAUUGUCUAAGUCACUGAUACUCUUGCAUUGAUACAGUGUGAACUUGCAGACUUUCAUCAUGAAGACCAACACAUGGUUAAAAAAACCAACUGCACCGGCAACACUGGUUCUACCUCACCAUUUACAAUGCACAGAGCCACUUUUAAGUUAUGAGGUGGAUCAUUCUUUUUGAAACUGUGAUGACAUUGCGACUUGAGAGAAAAAUAACUGUCGUCACUUGCUGCCACGAUUUCUUUCAAGUAUUCGUCUUAAAGGAAUGCAUUUCUAGCACUCGUUGAAAUAGAGCGGGUGCGGGUGUUGGAGUCAAUACUUUUCCUUGACUUUGAUAUAUGUUCAUUCAUUUCUACGCGAGUGAAGAUUCUUCGCAUUCUGGUGAGAUCGAUAGACCAGCCAUCAGAUGGAUACUUCAGUUGUGAUUCACCGGAAACACUCGAAUUGGUGUCUUUGCUCGCCGCUUCGUUGUGUUGUUUCCUUUUCGUGUAAAUCCUGUUCGGAUCUGGAUCGAAAAUGUUCUGAUCACGGCCAGACUUUAUAUAACCUUCAAUCCUCUAUUGAAGAAAAAGGAAUUGUAUUAAUUCCGAAUAAUUUUUGUAUCGAAUUCAAGCCAGAUGGGUUUAGUUUUCAAACCCUUUUAACGAAUCUCCGCGACAUUUCAACCAGAGCCGAUGUUCUUCGUUUUUCAAAGUCGCAGGUUCUCUUCCAGCCAGGGAAGCACCGGGAAUAUUGUCUUCUGACAAAGCACAUGCCGCCACACGUGAUGAUCAAAACUUGCUGGGAAAGCCACCGUGGAGGAGUGACUAACCUCGCUUUCACGCUGCCAGUCCUGGGCCAUCCGAAGGUCCGCCAUAUUUGCAUUCGGUGCAUGAUCAAGUUAAGGAAAAGGUUUUUUUUUUACUCAUAAACUCUUCACCGUUUUUCUUAUAUUUCAACGUAGACUAAUUGUCAAUUGCAAACUACUCAUGCCACCUUCAUUUAUCUACCUACCUGUAACUAAGAUGGACCAAAAAAAAGGAACAUCGUUUACAAUUUUAUUUAGCUCUUAAAUUCGUUGUCAUUGUGCCUCAAAAUUCUGUGUUAUUUAAUUUAUUGUGGCUGAUUACUUCUUUAAAAUAAUAUUUUUAGCACGCUUUUACUGUCUGAGGAAAAUGCCCGAAUGUGACCUUGAAAAGGGAACUUGUGAAAAAACUUCAAAAGGAGAGUUCACUUGUAAAUGCAAACGUGGUUACCAUGGAAUCGACAACUACUGCUUGGGUAACUAAUUAACCUCGUUUUAAUGAUAUUAUCAUUGCUUUAGAUGAGCCAAAUGAAUAACUUCACUUUGAUAACCAAGAUUACGUCAUCGAACAUUCCCUUUAAACUCUGCUUGUUUGAUUUGUGUCAUCACAUAGAUUGUUGGCAUUAACAAAUGUUUCUUUGCACCUUGAAAUUAAGCCUUUUGUUCACCAUACAUUUCCUAAAUAAUUGACAAAGAGAAUUUUUGACUAUCAAGAGCAGCCUUUUUGCGUGGUGAAUAUUUUCUUUACUUUCAUCAUCUCAGUGUUUGAUUUAGUUGUGACACUGUUUGGAGAAAUUAGAUGCUGGUUGUUCUUGAGGGUUCAAAGUUCAAACACAAUACACUUCAUAAUUAUGGAUUAUAUAUUCAAUUUAAAAGAAAUCUAAAUUAGCCCUUGCGUAAAUCUAAAUCGUAAUGAACAUGUUGUUCCACAUGCAAAAGUCACACUAAGGUUCUUUUUCUUUAGAUAUCAAUGAGUGCCAGAAUGAUAUAUGCAAUAAAAAUGCAGAGUGUAAGAAUAUUCCAGGAAGUUACUCAUGUACUUGCAAGAAAGGAUUCCAAGGAAAUGGCUUGUCAUGCUCGGGUAUUUAAUUAAGUUUAGCAUUUAGUGUUUUCUUAUCCAUGGCAUUCUAAUGAUGGUACACCCAGUCGUAUUGAAAAUUUUGUAAAUUUGUAUAUCUCUUCAUAAUGAGCACUCGAUUGCGAAAAAGAACCACUGCAGUCUGAACACGGAAAACAACCCAGAUAUAUCUUCUUUCCUCCGGUUUGAGACCCAUUGAUCCAAUGUGUAUGAUUUUCCUCAAUAAGUCUAAAACUCCUCGGGAUAGUUAUUGAAAACAUAUCCUAUAUCCAAUUAUAUUAAAAAAGACCACUUUUUGCCAAUUCAGGCGUGUACAUAGAACCCCCACCCACCCACCCCCCACAACGUUAUGUUACGUUAAUAAUGUUAGAAAAGUGUUCAAAGCGCACAAAAUUGAACAUUUUUCAGGGGAGAGGCGAGGAGUAAUUCGACACGUCGAAUGUCACGAGACUUUUAAUCUCCUCUUUAGUUCUCAACUGUACUUUAUCGACUGAGAUUAUGCUCAUUUUUCUUGGAGGGAAUGUUAUUCUCGAAUACUAAGCCUGGAUCUCCAAUCAGAGCUUUUUAGUCUGAUCGCAUGAUCAAAAAGGACAAAGGCAAAGUGAUUUUGUUUCAUCAAAUGAUUUGAUAAUGUAAAUUGUAGUAACUUCGGAGAAUAAUCUCCUUAGUCACCCUGAAAACAAACGGAAGCCUGCAGACUUUCCCCACAUCUAGACAGCUGAUCGGAAAGCCGUAAAACUCUAGAACUAAAUUUAUCUUUCAAAUCGGCGCUCCCACGGUAUCAACCAACGCUUUUCAAUAUUCAGCAAGUUUAUUCCUGUGUUUUUCACAUUGCUAAGGUCCCACUACCAAUACAGCUUGAUUUUUCUAUUUAUAAACCGUACACAACCCACAAUUCCUCUAUUUACAUUGACUGAGGGCUAACGCUCGUAACGUCACCUUUACAAUCUCUUUCUUUCGGCUGCUUGUAAUACACUCCAGCGACCCAGCAUCACAGUUUCUGAAGAAACUUGCCCCUUUCAAACGAAGGUAAAGUAGUCUUAUUUGUGCAGUACCAUGUUGUCUAAUGUCUAACUUUGCUUGAAGAUAUCGACGAAUGUAAAACUAGAAGGGCGUGUGGUAAAAAUGAAGAAUGUGUGAACUACGAGGGAUCAUUCUUGUGCAACUGUAAGAGCGGGUACUACGGAAAUCCUCCAUCUGAAAAAUGCAAAGGUAAAAUAUUCAUUCUGUUAAGUUGAGAAUGAGAGAAAGAAACGCGAUUCUUGAUUAGAAAAGGAAAGCUGUCAUAAUCUUAGUGAUAGAUAAAAAAUUAUCCACUUAGGUGGAGGUAAAAAUCCGCCACUUUUACGAGGGUCUCAAAGGGGUUAUCCGUAAAACAGCUAAAAAAUUAGCCCUCGAUAUUUUUCCACUUUCUAAGUGGGAGAGUAUUCAUAUGUGAUAACUUAAAAAAAAACCAAAAAAACAAGGAAAAUAUCAAUGACAGAUUGCCCACACCCGCCCUUGUUUGACAUCGAUUCAGCCAAAUAUUUGUUGCAGAUUUUACUACUCUUUGGAUUUCCGGAUAUUUCACUGAUCAAUUCUUCAGUAGAAUCAAGAGAGAAAAAUUAGCUUUUCAUGUUAAAUUGAUUUUUAUCUUUUUUUUUUAUCGUAGAUAUUAACGAGUGUGAUAUCGAAGACCCAUGUGGAAAGUAUAAGUGCGUGAAUCAACCUGGAGGUUACACAUGUCAAUGCAAAAAGGGCUUCAACUUCAACAAGAAGGACAAAGAAUGCCAAGGUAUGCAUUAUUUCAAAAUUACCCAAGAUGAUUGAGUUAUUUUUAAUCACCAAUUCUUUUGAUGGACAUUAGCUUCCCUGCUUCUUUGUUCAAAGUACAUAAUACCGUGGUUGUGGACAUAUCCCUAUGCGCCGAGUUCUUGGUAAAAGACCCUCUCCCAGUCCGACCACCUGACCUCUGGUCGAUGUGUAAUACAUACAUCUUGUUCGAUGGAUUCAGAGAUUUGCAAGUUGUGUAGUAUUUUCCCGAGCCCCUACGGGGGCGCUUAACUACGAGUCAUGUCAUGAGGGACUUAUCAUUCCACUUUUGUUUCACUUUUAAGUCCUGAACUUGGCUUCUAGUGUUUGAAACACAUCUCGGGGAGAUAUAUUAGCAUAGCAUCAAUCACAUAAAAACAUAAGUGAAACCACUGAAAUGCUUUUUUGAGUAUCAAAAAAGUCUGAUGCACUCGGCCUGAGCUUGAAAGAUGAAAUAAAGCCAAGUUGGGAUUGUUCAGUGCGGCCAUUUUGUUUUUCCGCUUUUUGUCCGUUGCCCUGCUCUACAGUGUAACGUCAUUGCGUAUUUACCGCGUUCCGAUGCCCUAAUAUGGUCAAAUAACGUACUGGUAGAAUAAUGACCUUCAUCCUUUGUCUUUAGACAUAAAUGAAUGCGAGCAAGGGGCUAAAUGCAAGCUGAAGAAGAACUCAGAAUGUGUGAACACUGUAGGUAGCUACGACUGUGCCUGUGUCAGCGGAUAUUCCGGCGAUGGAAACCUUUGUGAAGGCAAGAAGAAUAAAAAUGAACAUAGACUUGGGGUUCAACGUGGUCUGCAAUCAAACUUGUGGUUCAAAAAAUCAGAUCAAUGCGAAGCGGGAGCCCGAUUUUGGAAACACGACUAUGAUCAGAUAGAAUUGAACAGCACAAAGUCCUGUAAAAAAAUAAUCAAAACUUGGAGAAAUUCGAGAAAGAAAAAACCUAUCGGUUAAAUAAAACAAAAACAAUAUAGUUGCUUUUUUCCAGGAAAGUAAACAGAUGGUCGCUAUGACUCAGCUAAUAAAUGACGCGCACUCCGCUACAAUUAAAAGUAUUCCCAUGCCUAUAACCAUUACUACUAGGACUGUGACGUGGCACAUAAAGGAGUACAAUUCCCUUUAAACUCUGCUUUUUAGAUUUGUGUCAUCACAUAGAUUGUUUACGUUAAAAAGUUUUUAUUUGCACCUCGAAAUUAAGCCUUUCGUUCUCUAUGCACUUCCUAAACUGUUGACAAAGAGAAUUUUUUAAUUGUCAAGAGCUGCCUUUUUGCAUGGUGAACAUUUUCUUUACUUUUAUCAUCUCAAUGUUUAAUUAAGUUGUGACACUGUCUGGAGUAAUUAGAUGCUGGUCGUUCUUAAGGGUUUAAGGGUCAAACACAAUACACUUCAUAAUUAUGGAUUAUAUAUUCAAUUUAAAAGAAAUCUAAGUGAGCCCUUGCGUGAAUCUAAAUCGUUAUGAACAUGUUGUUCAACAGGCAAAAGUCAAACCAAGGUUUUUUUUCUUUAGAUAUCGAUGAAUGCAAGAAUAAUGCAUGCAGUAAAGAUGCAAAGUGUAAGAACAUUCCAGGAAGUUACUCAUGUACUUGCAAGAAAGGAUUCCAAGGAAAUGGCUUGUCAUGCUCGGGUAUUUAAUUAAGUUUAGCAUUUAGUGUUUUCUGAUCCAUGGCAUUCUAAUGAUGGUACACCCAAUCAUAGAGAAAAUUUGUAAAUAUGUAUAUCUCUUCAUAAUGAGCACUCGAUUGCGAAAAAGAACCACUGCGGUCUGAACACGGAAAACAACCCAGAUAUGUCUUCUUUCCUCCGGUUUGAAACCCGUUGAUCCAAUGUGUAUGAUUUGCCUCAAUAAGCCUAAAACUCCUCGGGAUAGUUAUUGAAAACAUAUCCUAUAUCCAAUUAUAUUAAAAAAGACUACUUUUUGCCAAUUAAGGCGUGAACACAGAACCUCCCCCCCCUCUUACAACGUUGGUAACAAAAAAAAGUCACCAAGUCUUGGAAAAGUAUUCAAAGUGCAAAAAAUUGAACAUUUUGUGACACGUCAAAUGUCACGAGACUUUUUAAUCUCCUCUUUAGUUCUCAACUUUACUUUAUCGACUGAGAUUAUGCUCAGUUUUCUUGAAGGGAAUGUUAUUCUCCAAUCAGAGCUUUUUAGUCUGGUCGUAUGAUCAAAAAGGACAAAGGCAAAGUAAUUUUGUUUCAUCAAAUGAUUAGAUAAUGUAAAUUGUAUUAACUUCGGAGAAUAAUCUCCUAAGUUACUCUAAACAACAAACAGAAGCCUGCAGACUUUCCCUACUUCUAGGCAGCGGAUCGGAAAGCCGUAAAACUCUAGAACUAAAUUUAUCUUUCAAAUCGGCGCUCCCACGGUAUCAACCAACGCUUUUCAAUAUUCAGCAAGUUUAUUCUUGUGUUUUUUAACAUUGCUAAGGUCCCACUACUAAUACAGAUUGAUUUUUCUAUUUAUAAACCGUACACAACUCACAAUUCUUCUAUUCGCAUUGACUAAGGGCUAACGCUCGUAACGUCACCUUUACAAUCUCUUUCUUUCGACUGCUUGUAAUACACUCCACCGACGCAGCACAGCAGUUUCUGAAGAAGCUUACCCCUUUCGAGCGAAGGUAAAGUAGUCUUAUUUGUGUACCGUGUUGAAAUGUCUAACUUUGCUUGAAGAUAUCGACGAAUGUAAAACUGGAAGGGCGUGUGGUGAAAAUGAAGAAUGUGUGAACAACAAGGGGUCAUUCUUGUGCAACUGUAAGAGCGGAUACCACAGAACUCGUUCAUCUGAAAAAUGCAAAGGUAAAAUAGUAAUUCUAUUAAGUUGAGAAUAAGAAAAAGAAAUGCGAUUCUUGCAUUGAUUAGAAAAGGAAAGCUGUCAUAAUCUCAGUGAUAGAUAGAAAUUAUCAACCUAGGUGGAGGUAAAAAUCCGCCACUUUUACAAAGGUCUCAAAGGGGUUAUCCGUAAAACAGCUAAAAAAUUAGCCUACGGUAUUUGACAAAUUCUAACACUAGUCAUACCAAAAGUUAACCUUAAAAUGUUUCCCAUCGUUAAUGGGUCAUUUUGCGUCACUGCUAGCUGUAUAAAAUAGCCAAAAUUUUAGCCCCUUAGCCGUAAAAGUCAUCACUCAGUUGAGACCCUCUUUCACCGACACUGAUAUGAAUAAUUGUUUGAGUAUAUACCACACAAGAUAAAAAAAAAAACAUUCGUUUAUUUCUGUCUGCAUACCGUAAAAUUCUUGAAAAUCAAACUCUUGGCACGCGGUUUGGCUCUUUCGGCUGUGAGUUAAAUAAACAUCGGCGCGAAAAGCACCAUUCCCCUGUGUAUUUUCAUACUGACGCUGCACAUUGGUUUACACCUUUUCAAUUAAUUCACUUGCAACUAAAGGUGGAUUGUGCGACGAUUCCCUGACAGUGAAGGAAAAAGACAGAUGGGAAUUUUGAGACAUAGAGAAAUGAGAAGAUUUAUCACAAGCGCGGGAUAAGAAACUGAAAAUCUGACUUGUUCGUUACGAUUCGAAAAUCUGUUCGGAUGCUCCAUCGCCUGGGUACCCAGCUUGGAAAUUACGCGUCAAUUUUACGGCAUACUCUGUCUUACUAACUGGGAGAGUAUUCAUAUGUGAUAACUUAAAAAAAAAAAAAACAAGGAAAAUAUCAAAGACAGAUUGCCCACACCCGCCCUUGUUUGACAUUGAUUCAGCCAAAUAUUUGUUGCAGAUUUUACUGCUCUUUGGAUUUCCGGAUAUUUCACUGAUCAAUUCUUCAGUAGAAUCAAGAGAGAAAAAUUAGCUUUUCAUGUUAAAUUGAUUUUUAUCUUUUUUUGUUAUCGUAGAUAUUAACGAAUGUGAUAUCAAAGACCCAUGUGGAAAGUAUAAGUGCGUGAAUCAACCUGGAGGUUACACAUGUCAAUGCAAAAAGGGCUUCAACUUCAACAAGAAAGACAAAGAAUGCCAAGGUAUGCAUUAUUUCAAAAUUACCCAAAAUGAUUGAGUUAUUUUUAAUCACCAAUUCUUUUGAUGGACAUUAGCUUCCCUGCUUCUUUGUUCAAAGUACAUAAUACCCUGGUUGUGGACAUAUCCCUAUGCGCCGAGUUCUUGGUAAAAGACCCUCUCCCAGUCCGACCACCUGACCUCUGGUCGAUGUGUAAUACAUACAUCUUGUUCGAUGGAUUCAGAGAUUUGCAAGUUGUGUAGUAUUUUCCCGAGCCCCUACGGGGGUGCUUAACUACGAGUCAUGUCAUGAGGGACUUAUCAUUCCACUUUUGUUUCACUUUUAAGUCCUGAACUUGGCUUCUAGUGUUUGAAACACAUCUCGGGGAGAUAUAUAAGCAUAGCAUCAAUCACAUAAAAACAUAAGUGAAACCACUGAAAUGCUUUUUUGAGUAUCAAAAAAGUCUGAUGCACUCGGCCUAAGCUUGAAAGAUGAAAUAAAGCCAAGUUGGGAUUGUUCAGUGCGGCCAUUUUGUUUUUCCGCUUUUUGUCCGUUGCCCUGCUCUACAGUGUAACGUCAUUGCGUAUUUACCGCGUUCCUAUGCCCUAAUAUGGUCAAAUAACGUACUGGUAGAAUAAUGACCUCCAUCCUUUGUCUUUAGACAUAAAUGAAUGCGAGCAAGGGGCUGAAUGCAAGCGGGAGAACUCAGAAUGUGUGAACACCGUAGGUAGCUACGACUGUGCCUGUGUCAGCGGAUAUUCCGGCGAUGGAAACCUUUGUGAAGGCAAGAAGAAUAAAAAUGAACAUAGACUUGGAGUCAAAUUUGGUCUGUAAUCAAAGCAGUGAUUCAUAAAAUCGGAUCCAUGCGAAGCAGGAGCCCGAUUUUGGAAACACGACUAUGAUCAGAUAGAAUUGAACAGCACAAAGUCCUGUAACCAAUUAAUCAAAACUUUGAGAAAUUCGAGAAACGAAAAACUCAUCGGUUAAAUAAAACAAAAACAACGCAGCUACUUUUAAUUUCAGUAAAAUUAACAGAUGGUCGCUAUGACGCGCACUCCGCUACAAUUAAAAGCAUGACACGUUCACUGUCCUAUUAGUAAUGGUUAUAGGACGAAGUGGAGUACAAUUUGAGAAGUGAUUGAAAAUUUGGCUGAGCGUGUAGCGCGAGGCUGAUAUGAUAUAACGAACACGAUUGGCAUUAACAAAUGUUUAUUUGCACCUCGAAGUUAAGCCUUUUUUUCUCUAUACAUUUCCUAAAUUUUUGACAAAGAGAAUUUUAAACUAUCAAGAGCUGCCUUUUUGCGUGGAGAAUAUUUUCUUUACUUUUAUCAUCUCAAUGUUUAAUUAAGUUUUGACACUGUUUGGAGAAAUUAGAUGCUGGUCGUUCUUGAGGGUUCAAGGGUCCAGCACAGUACACUUCAUAAUUAUGGAUUAUAUAUUCAAUUUAAAAGAAAUCUAAAUAAGCCCUUGCGUAAAUUUAAAUCGUAAUGAACAUGCUGUUCAACAGGCAAAAGUCAAACCAAGGUUUUUUUUCUUUAGAUAUUGAUGAAUGCAAGAAUGAUGUAUGCGAUAAAGAUGCAGAGUGUAAAAACAUUCAAGGAAGUUACUCAUGUACUUGCAAGAAAGGAUUCCUAGGAAAUGACUCGUCAUGUUUUGGUAAUUAAUGAAGUUUAGCGUUUAGUGUUUUCUGAUUAAAAAGACUACUUUUUGCCAAUUUAGGCGUGUACACAAAACCUCCCCCCACCUCUCUAACAACGUUGGUAACAAUAAACAGUCACCACGUCUUGGUAAAGUAUUUGAAGCGCACAAAAUUAAGCAUUGUCAAGGGGAGAGACGAGGAGCAAUUCGACACGUCAAGUGUCACAAGACUUUUGAUCUCCACUUUAGUAGGAGCUUAACUACUCGCUUAGUUUUCUUGGAAAUGUUAUUCUCGGAUGCUAAACCUGGAUCUCCAAUCAAAGCUUUUUAGUCUGGUCGUAUGAUCAAAAAGGACAAAGUAAUUUUGUCUCAUCAAAUGAUUUGAUAAUGUAAAUUGUAGUAAUUUCGGAGAAUAAUCUCCUAAAUCACUCUAAACAAGAAAUGGAAGCCUGCAGAUCUUCCCUAUAUCUAGGCAGCGGAUCGCAAUGCCAUGAAACGCUAGAACGAAAUUAAUCUUUCAAUUCGACGCACCUACGGUAUCAAUGAAGGCAUUUCAAUAUUCAGCAAAUUUAUUCUUGCGUUUUUCACUUUGCUAAGUUCCCACCAAUAUUGUAGCUUGGUUUUUCUAUUUAUAAACCAUACACAACCCACAAUUCCUCUAUUUGCAUUGACUAAGGGCUAACAAUCGAAACGUCGGCUCUAGGGUCUCUUUGCUGCUUAUAAUACACUCUAGCGACGCAGUACCGCAGUUUCUGAAGAAACUUACUCCUUUCAAACGAAGGAAAAGUAGUCUUAUUUGUGUACCGUGUUCAAAUAUCUAACUUUGCUUGAAGAUAUCGACGAAUGUAAAACUGAAAAUGUGUGUGGUGAAAAUGCGGUAUGUGUGAACAACAAAGGAUCAUUCUGGUGCAACUGUAAGAGCGGAUUCUACGGAAAUCCUCCAUCUGAAAAAUGCGAAGGUAAAAUGGUCAUUCUAUUAAGUUGAGAAUGAGAGAAAGAAAUGCGAUUCUUGAUCAGAAAAGGAAAGCUGUCAUAAUCUCAGUGAUAGAUAGAAAUUAUCCACUUAGGUGUAGGUAAAAAUCCGCCACUUUUACAAAGGUCUCAAAGGGGUGAUCCGUAAAACAGCUAAAAAAUUAGCUAAUGAUAUUUGAAAAAUUCUAACCGUUUGUCAUAACAAAAGGUAGCCCUUAAAUUUUCCCAUCGUUAAUGGGUCAUUUUUCGUCACUGUCAGCUGUAUAAAAUAACCAAACUUUUAACCCCUUUGCCGUAAAAGCCAUCACUCAAUUGAGACUCUUUCAUCGACACUGAUGUGAAUAAUUGUUUGAGUAUAUACCACACAAGAACAAAAAACAUUCGUUUAUUUCUGUCAAUAUACCGUAAAGUUAUUUCUGUCAAUAUACCGUAAAAUUAUUAAAGACGCACGGUUUUCUGUACCAAUUCUGCGAUAGGCUCUUCUGUUUUGGUAUAGUAUAAACAUAAAGCAUAUCUGUACUUUUGCUUUAAGAUGUCGAUGAAUGCGAAGUAAUAGACUGCGGUUAUGGAUUUAACUGCACCAACACUGUGGGGUUUUAUGUCUGCUCUUGUGCCGAAGGCUUCCAUCCGAGCAAGGAAAAUCAGGAAGAAUGCGAGGGUCAGUGCUGGGUUGUGAUUUCCUUUGUUGAGAUAUUGAGCGGUCUUCUGUUGAGUGUCGUAAAACCAAAACCCACGUUAUUACGACUGCCACUCAGCAGAAAGGAAAAUAUCUUGAGGAACCAAUUAGAAUUCAAAGUGAAAACAAGCAAAGCGCCUAAAGUACGGUAAAACGCACUGAUUAGUAAUAGUUUUGCUUCUGAUUGGUUGAGAGAGUGGUGCGAGUUUCUGGGCCAAUCAGAGCAAAGUAAAGCAAAAUUAGUGGAAUACUGGAUUACUUUGGACACUCAAUUGAAAAUUGCUCUACGUACCACUGAAUUGCAACUGAGUAAUCUGCUAUCAUAUGUCGAGGAUUCCCUGGAACGAAACAAAGGACUGUGAGUACACCGACUUCUCUGAAUUUCCUUCUCCUGCUGACCCACGGGCUAAACAGAGCAAGUUGAACAACUUGUGGCAAGAGAGUAACCCCCAUCCUUACUCCUCCAGCUCAAUGAAAUUGAUAUUUUUGGAAUAUCGCUGACGCUUUGAUGUCUUGGAAAACAUAAAUAAGGGAUUUCAAGUGGAUGGUUUUACAUGAUAAGCUGAAUCCUACGCCUCUUUUGAUUGUUUCUUACUUAUGAUCUAUUGGUAAACAGACGCAUAGAUGACGUUAUCAUUAAACAUUAACACAAGCUACGCCUCGUGAGUCACUGAUGUUCCUACCGCAUUUUGAUGUUACCUGUGAUCUGUUAUUGAACCGACACACGGCAGCAUGGAAUCUGUUUGAUAAAAAGAAACCUUUUAAAAUUAACUUAGCAAGGUUUACUGAUCAAUUAUUCUGCAAAAUCGAGAGAGAAAAAUUAAUUUUUAACGUUAAAUUAAUUUUUUUUUGUUAUCGUAGAUAUUAAUGAGUGUGAUACCGAUGACCCGUGCCGUGAAAACGGGGAAUGCGUAAAUGAAAUUGGAAGUUACACAUGUCACUGUGAUAACGGCUACAACUUCAACAUGAAGUACAAAGAAUGUCAAGGUAUGCAUUAUUUCAAAAUAACCCAAAAUUAUUUCACUAUUUUUAAUCACCAAUUCUUUUGAUGGACCUUAGCUUCCCUGCUUCUUUGUUCAAAGUAAAUAAUACCCUGGUGGUGGACAUAUCCUUAUGCCCCGAGUUCAUGGCAAAAGACCCUCUCCCAGUCCGACCACCUGACCUCUUUUCAAUGUGUAAUACAUACACCUUGUUUGAUGGUUUCAGAGAUUUGCAAGUUUUGUAGUAUUUCCCCGAGCCCCUAAUGGGCGCGCAAAACUACGAGUCAUGUCAUGAGGGACUUAUCAUUCCACUUUUGUUUCACUUUUAAGUCCUGACUUGGCUUCUAGUGUUUGAAACACAUCUUGGGGAGUUGGAUGAACACAGUAUCAAUCACAUUAAAACACAAAUGAAAACACUGAAAUGGUUUUUAUGAGUAUCAAAAAUUAAAAGUCUGAUGCACUCGGCCUAAGCUUGAAAGAUGAAAUAAAGCCAAGUUGGGAUUGUUCAGUGCGGCCAUUUUGUUUUUCCACCUUCCGUCCGUGCCCUGCUCUACAGUGUAAUGUCAUUGCGUAUUUACCGCGUUCCGAUGCCCUAAUAUGGUCAAAUAACGUACUGGUAGAAUAAUGACAUUCAUCCUUUGUCUUUAGACAUAAACGAAUGCGAGCAAGGGGCUAAAUGCGUGGAGAACUCAGAAUGUGUGAACACUGCAGGUAGCUACGACUGUGCCUGUGCCAGCGGAUAUUCCGGCGAUGGAAAAUACUUUUGUGAAGGCAAG